AUGGCCACACCAGGAACCCCCUGGGGCUGGCUCCUGGGGCCCCUUCUCCUGAGUGUCACAGGAUGUCACGGCUCAGGGCCCGGGGGCCACAUUGUGCAUGGCGAGGACUGCAGCCCCCACUCACAGCCCUGGCAGGCGGCCCUGUUUCUGGAGGAGGACUUCUUCUGCGGGGGCGUCCUGGUGCAUCCGCAGUGGGUGCUGUCGGCUGCUCACUGUUUCCAGAAUUCCUUCACAGUCGGGCUGGGCCUACACAGCCUGGAUGCCAGCCAGGAGGCAGGCAGCCUGUUGCUGGAGACGACCCUCUCCAUCCGACACCCCAAGUUCAACAAACCCUACCUGGCCAACGACCUCAUGCUGGUCCGCCUGCCGGAGCCCGUGACCCCGUCUGCCACCAUCCAGGCCAUCGGCAUCGCCUCCCGGUGCCCCCUCGCCGGGGAGUCUUGCACGAUCUCGGGGUGGGGUCGUCUGCAGGAUGGUGAGCCGCCUCGCGUGUUGCAGUGUGCCAACAUCUCAGUGGUGUCCGAGAAAGUAUGCACCUCGCGCUACAGCCAGGUCUAUCACCCCAGCAUGUUCUGUGCCGGCGGAGGGGACCCCCCCAGAGACUCCUGCUACGGAGAUUCUGGGGGACCCCUGGUCUGUAACGGCUCCCUGCAGGGCCUCGUUUCUUUCGGACAAGCCCAGUGUGGCCUCCCUGGCAUGCCAGCCGUCUACACCAACCUCUGCAAAUUCUCCGAUUGGAUCCAGAAAACCAUUCUGACCAGCUAG